UCCAAUCUUCACUGAGCCACCAACUGUAACCGUGCCGGAACUUCAGAGAGAGAGAGAGAGAGAGAGAGAAAUGGGCAUGGAUUACUACAACGUGUUGAAGGUGCAUCGAAACGCGAGCGAUGAGGAUUUGAAGAAAGCGUACAAGAGGCUCGCGAUGAGUUGGCACCCUGACAAAAACCGUGACAAAAAAAUCGAAGCCGAAAACAAGUUCAAGCUCAUCUCUGAAGCUUACGACAUUCUCAGCGACCCGCAGAAGCGUCAGAUCUACGAUCUCUACGGCGAGGAGAUUCUCAAGUCCGGUCAGUUUCCGCCGCCAUCAUCUGCUGCUUCAUCCUCACGCGCCGCCGCGUACCGCAACCACCACUACCAGCAACAGCAACAGCAACAGCAACAGCAGCAACAGCGUCAGAACGCCACCUCGGGGUUCCGGUUCAACCCGCGCGAUGCUGAUGAUAUUUACGCUGAGUUCUUUGGGUCUGAUGGCGCCGACGCUGGUGGCGGGCCGUCGCGGAGGGAUAGUUUCUUUAGGACCUCGAAUGGCGGUGCUGCGUUUGGCGGCGGACCGGCUAGGAAGGCGCCUGCUGUGGAGAACGCGCUGCCGUGUAGCUUGGAAGACCUUUGCAAAGGUGUCAUGAAGAAGAUGAAGAUUUCGAGGACUGUCUCUGAUUCUUAUGGCAAUUGCCGGAAUGUGGAGGAGAUCUUGACUAUUGAGGUAAAACCUGGCUGGAAGAAAGGAACGAAGAUUACCUUCCUGGAGAAGGGUAACCAUGAGCCUGGUGUCAUCCCUGCAGAUCUAAUUUUCGUGAUAGAUGAGAAACCACAUGCUGUUUAUAGAAGGGAGGGUAAUGAUCUGGUGAUUAACCAGGAGAUUACACUUCUUGAGGCCCUUACAGGUAAAACCUUGAAUCUCACUACCUUGGAUGGAAGGAGUCUAUCGAUCCCAUUGACAGAUAUUGUCAAACCUGGUGCUGAUGUCGUUGUCCCUAAUGAAGGGAUGCCGAUAUCAAAAGAGCCUGGGAAGAAAGGGAAUUUAAAAAUUAAGCUGGACAUCAAGUAUCCUUCAAGGCUUACUGCAGAGCAGAAAUCUGAUCUGAGGAGAGUUUUAGGUGGAAUCUCAUGAAAGUUUGAGUUUGGUUUUUGGUGUCACUGAUGAAUGCAGAUUGUAAAUAUAGGACAGGAAUCUCUACUGGUAAAUUUAAGUAUUAAGAGUCUGAUUGGUUUAUCGUUAGAAAGUACGUAAAUGAAAAAAUAUCACAUGUUGAGACAUUUUCUGUUGAAGUGUCUCGAGAUGUGUUACUUUUCCGUUUUCAUACUUUCUAACCGUAAACCAAGCCGACACUUAGGACUAGCAUAACGUGGGCCCAUACUUAUUGCUUGCACUUUUUGCAGGGUAGGAGACAAAAGUGACUUUUUGGAAAUGAUUUUAUUUUAAGCGUCAAUCUUAGGUCAAUUCUACUUUUUUUUUACAGCAAGGUCAAUUCUACUUAUUUUCCAUUAUUUUUGCGUCAGCUUAUUUUGCUUUUGAUUUAACUCGAAUAUUGCUCGAGUCUUGAUAGAAUCACUAUGAGUCGUUUAUUCUAUGAAAAUGUAUAUACUGAUUGAUUAAUUUAUUUGUUGGAAGUUACUUUAUUGA